CCGCGCCUGCUGACACCUACUGUUUACAUGGCAGAAGACGAGGAGGAGAAUGAGCAUAAAAUGGAUCGAAAUUCACGCUACAUUCUGGCUCGAGAUCUUAACUCGGGCCUUCCUUUCGGUUGUCUUCUUAGAACUUGAACAAACAGCGCCUUUUGUGCGAAAGAUCCAUAUUGAUGAGCUUUGGCUGUACAAGAACCCUCGAACACCUUCAUAUGUCCCAACUAACCUGCUGUGGCCUCUGGUAUUCGCAGUUCCAACAUUCGUCAUGUUUGUGUUCUUCCUUGCGAAGCGUAAUAAGACAGACUUUUGCCAGAGCCUCCUCGCCUUCUCCCUCGCACUGGGACUCAAUGGUGUCAUCACAAACAUUAUUAAGCUUGUUGUCGGCCGACCACGUCCAGACUUCUUCUACAGAUGCUUCCCAGAGGGGCAUGUGGACCUUGACCAUGUUUCUGAUAUUGGCUCUGCUUGUACUGGUGAAGCAGAUGCCAUUCAGGAAGGACGCAAGAGCUUCCCAAGCGGACAUGCUUCUUUUUCAUUUUGCAGUCUAGGAUUCCUGAGUCUGUGGAUAUGCGGCAAGCUGUGUGUGUUCGGCAGGAAGCGUGGCCAGGGCUGGAGGCUGGUGAUGGGCAUAACUCCCGUGGUAAUGGCUCUCAUGGUGGCUCUUUCUCGGACUAGUGAUUACCAUCAUCAUUGGCAAGAUGUGUUAGUUGGAUCAGUCCUUGGCCUCUUCAUUGCAUAUCUGUGUUACCGCCAAUACUACCCUCGUCUGACCUCCCCCCACUGCCACCUGCCGUACCUGAUGAUUCCCACUGUGACCCGACCAGUGUUACUCAAGGGGGCGCAUGGUGAGGGCUUCUCCAGCCAAGGACCCCUCUUCCUGGACCCUGAAUCCCCCAUGGAAGAACAGGUCAAAUGGAUGUAGACAUGAGGAGGAGAGAGAGUGUGUGUGUGUGUGUGGGUAGGUGUGUGCAUGUGUGUAUCGUGAGUGAUUUUGUCUCAGGAAGUUGACCUGUUUUACCUUUUGUUUUCCCUCCAUGUAUAGAAUGAAUGUUAUUGUGUGGUUUAGUAGGAAGGCAGCUUAUAGGUAGAAUUGCACCAAUGUGUGACACAUUCCUUAGAAAUUUUGUAAGACAAUAAUGUUUACUUAAAAAAAGUAGACAGGAAAUAUAUGACUUCUUUUUUAUUAAAUAUUUCUCUCUACCAAAGUUAGGUUUUAAAGCAAUUUUUUUAUAAGUUGUGCAUAGCUGGGUUAGUGAAGUGCAUAGUUUACAAUAACAUGGGAGACAUUCCAGAAAAAAGGAACAGUUUUUAGCAUAUUUUCUGAUGGAAAAUAGAGAGUGUACCCUGACCUAAGCUAUGAACAGCUUCCUUUAUAUCUAGUAUCAAAUUUUAGGGACUGUAAUUUGCGAUAAUGUAUGUAAAGGCAAUCAAAACAUAUUAAUUGCAUAUGCAUAUUUGGUCUCCCUCCUCCUCUUAACCCAAUCUGCAUGGAUGGCAAGAAUACAUGCCCACUGUAAUAUAAGUUUAUUUAUUGUAUUAACACAUAGAUGGCUCUACAAGUGCUUAAUCACCAAGGAGUCAGUUAUCAGUCCUACCUAUGUCAUCUGUUUACCCUUUUCCUUUACUUUUGGAAAGGGUCUUUUGUAUUAUUUCAUUGUCUUAAAUGUUCCUAAGAUUUUAAUAAGUUAAAUAAUCAUAACAUCAAUAACAAUAAGAACAGUAUCGCUAUUGAUUGUAUUAAUACGAAAAACACAUUUUCCCACCAAUUCAAGGAAUGGAGAAAUCACGAUCGGUCACUAGGGCCUACUGAUAGACUCCUUGCCUGAUGAGCACAUGUGGAGCCAUCUGUAUGUAACAAAAUUCACAAGAAACUACAGGGGACAGAACAUAAAUCUGUGAUGGUUGGGCUAAGAUAUGUAUGGGUUUCACAUAUGCAACCUAGUAUUUUAGAUAUUUUAAAAAAGUAAAGCAUGACCAGAAAUGCCAAUGGAGUACAAGAUAGAAAUUUCAGAUUGAAGUAGAUUUUGAAGUUAUUUAUAUCUAUUAUACCAUAGUUUAGAUUAUUUUUUCAAAUUGUCUUUGAGAGUUUACCAUAUCCUAGAAUACUUCUAUUUAUGUAAACAGGAAUGCCAAUGUACAUUCCAUGUUUUGUAUAUGAAUAAGUAAGUGUAAAGUAUUUGUAUGUAAAUUUCUGAACUGUAUGAAAUAUGUAUGAAGUCUCCAGUUCACAACAUAAGCAACAUAUGUCAGUAAACAAUUCUUUGGUGUGUGUGUGUGUGUGUGUGUCUAUACACACACAUACAUACAUACAUACAUACACACGCACAUGCACAUUCAUACACACUCAUACACACGCACACGCAUACAGACACAUACACAUACAUACACGUAUGCACACACACAUGCACACACACAGAUAUACAUUCAUUUUUUUUUUUUUUUUUCUUGUAUUCAUAGAUUUAUUUAAUUUUCUCUAAACAUUAUCAAAUAGUCUUCAAAUACAUAUCACAAGUCUUAAGUUCAGUCUUAAUUGUGUUCUCUUUUCUUGUUAAUCCAUAUUUUUACAAAUGAUGUGAAGUUUAUAGAGUAAUAAUGUGAAUAGAAAUAAAUGAAAAUGCUAUGUACAGUCAGGGUAGUUGUUAUUUUUUAAUAACCAUAAAAGUUUUUUUUUCUUUUUAUUAAGCGCUAAUGAAAUUACACAAGGAUAUAAAACAUGAAAUAAUGGCAGUGUACAGGACAGUUUGAGAAUUAUCUUCUUUAUAAUACUAUUCCUAUAUUUAUAAUGAUUAGUGAGAGAAGUCUUACAAGAAAAAGUUUUCUGCAUCUUGUGAGCAUAAUGUAAAUUUUGUUAACAUCAGGUCGUGUUUCAUGUUGUAAGUUGAGACGAUGAACAAAGUCACACUGCCAACAUACAUGAUAAAUAUGUGUACAUGCAUAUUAGUGAGAAUUAUUUAAGUGGAAAAGUGGAUAUUGCAUUAGCAAUAAAUCGUUAAAUUCUCUCAUGUGUUUAUUUUCAUUUUUUAUGCUAGUAUUAUAAAGGAGGCUUUCAUAAUUGCAAUAUUAUUCGUAAGAAGAAGAAAAAGUUGAACGAAACAGUAACUUUUAAAGACAGUAGUAUAUGUUUGUCUCUUUGUCUUUUCUUUUCAGCUUAUAUUUUUGGGAAAUAUGAAGACAUUCUUGUCCUUUUUAUAUACAUAGGAUGAUAUUCUUUUGAAUGUGAGUUAUAAAGUUUAUUAAAUUGAAUUAAUAAAAGGUAAAAAAAG